GGUGCUGGAGAAAUGGGACCUGCAGUGCGAUCGCAACAGCCGGGAGCACCGGACGGUGGAGAUGAGCGGCCAGCAGCUGGUGGUGCGGCGGGGGCAGCCCUUCACCAUCACCCUGUGCUUCUCGGGCAGGGGCUACGAGGAGGGGGUGGACAAACUCGCCUUCAAUGUCGAGACGGGACCCUGCCCCAUCGAGACGUCGGGAACCAGGUCCCACUUUGCCGUGACCGAUUUCCCCGAGGAAUCGGGCUGGAGCGCCGUGGUCCAGCAGCAGGAUGGGAAUUCCCUCUCCGUCUCGCUCUGCUCCCCAACCAGCGCCUGCAUCGGCCGCUACAGCCUGACGCUGGAGACCUCCACCGGCUACCAGGGCACCAGCUACCGCAUCGGGCACUUCGUUCUGCUCUUUAACGCCUGGCACCCAGAGGACACGGUUUUCCUCCGAGAUGAGGAUGAGCGCGGCGAGUAUGUGCUGUCCCAGCAGGGACUCAUCUACCAGGGCGCCUGCGACUACAUCACCUCCACCCCCUGGAACUUCGGCCAGUUCGAGGAUGACAUCUUGUCCAUCUGCCUCAAUCUGCUGGACACAAACCCCAAAUUCCUGAGGGACCAGAAUAGGGAUUGCUCCCGCCGCAACGACCCUGUGUACAUCGGCAGGGUGGUGAGCGCCAUGGUAAAUUGUAACGACGAGGACCGCGGGGUGCUGGCAGGGCGGUGGGACAACCAUUACGAAGAUGGGAUGAGCCCGAUGGCCUGGAUCGGGAGCGUGGAUAUUCUCAAGAGGUGGAAGGACUUUGGCUGCCAGCCAGUCAAGUAUGGCCAGUGCUGGGUCUUCGCUGCCGUGGCGUGUACCGUCUUGCGGUGCCUGGGGAUCCCCAGCCGGGUGGUGACCAACUACAACUCGGCCCACGACACCAACGGCAACCUGGUCAUCGACCGCUACCUCAGCGAGACGGGGGAGCAGGAGCAGCGCUCCAAGGACAUGAUCUGGAACUUCCAUUGCUGGGUAGAGUCCUGGAUGGCCCGUCCGGACCUGGCAGCCGGCUACGAUGGCUGGCAGGCGCUGGACCCGACACCCCAGGAGAAGAGCGAGGGGGUUUUCUGCUGCGGGCCAGCCCCCGUCAAAGCCAUCAAGGAGGGCGACCUGCAGCUGAAGUACGACAUCCCCUUCGUCUUCGCGGAGGUGAACGCCGACGUCGUGUACUGGGUGGUGCAGCGCGACGGAUCGCGGAAGAAGAGCACCCACUCCUCGGUUGUGGGGAAGAACAUCAGCACCAAGACCGUGGGCAAGGACAGCAGGGAGGACAUCACCCACACCUACAAGUACCCGGAGGGGUCUGAAAAGGAGAGAGACGUGUUUGCGAAGGCAGAGCACGAGAAGAGCUCUCUCAGGCAGGAGGACGAGGGGCUGCACCUCAAGAUCAAGCUGUCGGAGGGCGCAAACAAUGGCUGCGACUUUGACGUCUUUGCCGUCAUCAACAACAACACAGACAUAGAGCGAGUCUGCAGGCUCAUGCUGUGCGCUCGAACCGCCAGCUACAACGGCACCGUCGGGCCCCAGUGCGGCAUGAAGGACCUGCUGAACGUCACCCUCGCGCCCCGGGCAGGACCCGUAACAAAUGCAGCACUCAGCACUGUGCUAUUUCUUGAGCUGCCCGAAGGGAAUAACGAAUGUGCCCGCUGUCGCUGCUGCAAAGGGAAGCAGGACACUGCCUUUGCUCACGCUGGCACCCCCUCCCCACGGUGUCGGCACCGGCAGGUACCAGCACCUGCAAGAACUGCUCUGCGGGGCCGGACGGGGACAGCGGGGUCCGUGCAUUGCUAGAGGAGCCCCGCUGGCCUUUAGGGUCUUUAACAUCCCUGUCCACAAGUUAAUUCAACAUCAUUUUCUCUGAAGCUUUAAUUACGAGCUCCUGAAGCUUCUCCCCCCAGCUCCUGCCUGGGAAUAUAGACCCCAGGACUUCCCAGCCUGCAGCCUUCAGGGAACCCCUGCACUCUGUGCCGGUGCAGGGAUCCCAGCUGGAGCGGUGCUGAGCCCGUCCCUCUCCCUGCAGCCCCAGCCGGUGCUGCAGCACUUCACGUCCUGCCACGGGAACGCCAGGCUUUGCUUCCAGUGGUCACGGCCUCCCUGGGGUCCUUCCUCAAGACAGCUCCACAGCUGGUUGCCUUCAGCCUCCUUCCCACCCUCAGCACAAGACAGCCCAGUCCCUAACUGGCUUUGGGAUAAAUCACGCUCAGAGCUGAGCGAGGGCAGCUGCCGGGAAGCCGGGCUGCCUCCCGCCACCAGCACCGGCUGCCAAGGGCUGGCGAAGCCCCUCUGGGACCCCGGUGCUGGCGCAUCCCCAGGGUCCUGCCCUGACACGCGGCUCCUUCCCCUUCCUGCGCUCUGACUGUCACGUCUGGCGCUGGGUGUUGGAACCCUGGCCGGGCUGUGGGGUCCCUGCCCGCUGCCCCAAGCCGGGCACUCGCAGCCCUGCUUCCCUGCGUG